ACACGCAAGCGAGCAAGCCAGCCUGCCAAGCGGACCAGUACAAAGAGAAGCCCGAACGUCGCACGCGGGACCUACCCGCGCUUCUGCGGAGUUUUACAAGUGGACGUUUCGGAGUUUGAAAGUUUUACCGGGCCGGCGGAGCCUUUCUUCGAGCCAGACGAGACCGAGCGGGCCAGCGCCGGUGUUGCGUUCACGUUCCGGUCAGGCAUCUCGAGCGAGGACACCUUGCAUCGGGGCGGGCGGCAAUCCGGGUUUGAUGCUGGGGCUGUCGUUGAUGGUGCUGCCGCGGGACUGGACUGAGCGCGCUGGGCGGCGACCAUGGCUCACGCGCUGCACGUGAACAGCAACGCUCCGGCACGAGACCAGAGAUGUUCGAGCCCCGAUAACGAGCGAGACCCCGCCUCUCCGUACUCUGUGGAAACUCCGUAUGGUUUUCAGUUGGACUUGGAUUUUCUCAAAUAUGUCGACGACAUCGAGAGGGGCAACACCGUCAAGAAAGUGAGCGUUCACAAGAAGCCCAAAGGGGGGGCCCGGCCGGCGGCGCCACAGCUGGACGCCGGGGCCGAAUGGACAUCCGCCGACUCGCUCUCGUCCUCCAACAGCGACGACAAGCAGUCGCCGGUCUUGGUCAGCCCCAAGGCCCGGCUGACGGUCACCCUCCAAAGGGCGGCGUGCGAAGCCGCACCCCCGCGGUGCUCCGCCGGCAUCGCUGAACCCAAGCCGCCGCCCCCACUGCCGCCGCCACCGCUGCCGCCCUCGCCCAGAUUGACGCCGCGCCACAACCCCCGCGUGGAGAAGACCCUGAUGGAGACGCGGCUUCGCCUGGAGCAGGAGCCGCCGGCGCCGCCCCGCCGCCGUCUGGGCUCCGGCGGCUCCCUCUUGUCGUACUCGGGCUCCGUGGGCGCCCCGCCCCCCCCGGCCCUCGAGGCUCCGGCCCGCAACGGAGAGUACAACCCUUACUACCCGCCGUCCGCGGGCGGCUCGCUCCGCCACAGCCCCCCGAGCUCCGGCGCGGCCACGCCGGCGACCAACGUCAGCCCCAUGCACCUUCAGCAGAUCCGCCAGCAGAUGGUCGUGGCCCUGCGCAGGCUGAAGGAGUUGGAGGAGCAGGUGAAGAGCAUCCCCAUCUUGCAGGUGAAGAUCGCCGUGCUUCAGGAGGAGAAGAGACAGUUGGCCGCCCGCUCCAAAGGCGCCGGCGCUUUCCGCAAGCGCUCCUGCAGCGUGGGCAGCGCCCAGCAGAUGGAGAGCCCGGCCCCCGUCCCCAAAGAGACGGCGCCGCGCCUGCCGGAGCCCGAAGCUCGCCACCUGGAAGACUUCCGCCGUCUGGCCGCCGAGGUCCAAGCUCUGGAGAGGACCGCCCUCGACACCGGCGAUUGCGAAAACCAGACCGGGAAGCGGGUCCUUCGAAAGUCCGUCGGCGUCGCGACCGACGAAAACAUGAACCACCUCCCAAUCGGGCGCGGGAGCGGCGGGCGCCGGGACGCGGCCGUGGCCACGGAGCGGCGGGAAACCCGCGCCGCUUCGGUGGGCGUCACCGAGACCAUGCUGGGCCUGUCGGGCGAGGCGGAGCAGGAGCUGGAGCUCCAGCGGCGGACCAUCGAGGCGCUGAAAGACAAGAUCUACCGCUCGGAGGUGCAGCUGAAAGAAGCCACCCACCGGCUGGAGAUGGCCAAGCUCAAGCUGGAGCUGCAGGCCGCCGCCGCCGCCGGCGGCGCCAACAAGAAGAAGGCCGACAAGGGCUUGAGCGUCAGGCCCGAGACCUACAGCGUCUGCGUGGAGGCCAAAGUCCCGGUGCGCAGCCUGGGCGUCGGGGACCGCCCGCUCUCGGAAUCCGGGAGCUCGUGCAGCGUCGCCGUCGGACCCGAUUUGGAGGGGGUCGGGGUCCGCGAGGUGGGAACCGACACGGCAGAGUCCCCGGAGCGCUCGGCCGUCGGCAAACCAAUGGCGGCGACGCGAUCGGUCGCCAGCGGCGACUGUCGGGCGGACGUCCGGACGGUGUCCCGAGGAACCGACCCGCCGGCGCUGGCGGCCAAAGCCGACUGCGGCGUCACCCAAGAGACCAAGACGGAGAUGCGAGCGGUCAGCAGCAGGUCCACCAACACCGAAACGCCGGCGCUGAGCGACUCCUUCACCAACACGGCCGCUGCCCAAACGCGAACGGUGGGCGCCGGAGAGGGCGUGAUCAAAGACCCGGUCUCGGUCGCCGUGGGGACCGAGUCGCUCCUCGCCCCGUCCGGCGCCGCCGAGACCCAAGACUUUGGCGUGGGGUCCGUCAGCAUUCACGACAACUUCCUGCUGGGUUUAGAAAGGCGCAACGUGGCGUGCGGGCCCUGGCGGCCGCCCGAAGCCGCCGGCGAGCGAGGCCCGGACCGAGGCCUGGACCACUACAUCGAGAGGGUGCAGAAGCUGCUGCGCGAGCAACAGACGCUGCUGGCGGAGAACUACGCCGAGCUGGCCGAGGCCUUCGGGCAGCCCCACUCCCAGUUUGGAUCCAUCAACAGCCAGCUGGUCAGCACGCUCUCCUCCAUCAACUCGGCCGUGAGAGGCGCCGAGUCCGAGGACCUCCAGGAGCUGGGGGCCCAAGUGGACGCCGCCGCCCGCUCAGAUGGCGCGCCCGAGACGCCAAUUGGGGAUCGGCAGCCGCAGCAGAUGAUGAGCGCAGCCGAGCAGAAGAGCCGCAUGGACUUGCAGAUGUCCACGGCGCUGCACGGUCAGCCUUGCGACGCCAACGCGCUCAAGUCCAUCAUGAAGAAAAAAGACGGGCCGGCCCACUGCGGCGGCGGCGGCGCCAAGAAGAACCUGCAGUUUGUGGGCGUCAACGGCGGCUACGAGACGACUUCCAGCGACGACUCCAGCUCGGACGAAGGCAGCUCCUCCGCAUCGGAGGACGAGGACGAAAAUGAGACGGAGGAGGAGAAGCGCGGCCGGGACCAGGCGCCGCAGAGGACGGCGGAAGCGAGUCCCGAACAGCCCGCGGAAAGGUACGAGCUCAGCGACAAGUUGUUGGCGGCGUGCAACGUCCUGAAAGUUCACCUCAGCAAGCCCGACGACGUCAGCGCCAAAGACCUGAGGGCGAGCGUCAACGCGGUGCAGCACGAGUGGUUCCGCGCCUCCAGCCAGAAGGCGGCGUCGGCGUCGGCGGUGGCGGGCUACCUGGCGGCGUUGGGGGCCGUCUCCCCCGACGUGCUGCGCCACGUGGUCAACAUGGCCGACGGCAACGGCAACACGGCGCUGCACUACAGCGUGUCGCACUCCAACUUUGCCGUCGUCGAGAAGCUUCUGGAAGCCGACGUGUGCAACGUGAACCAGCAGAACAAGGCGGGCUACACGCCCAUCAUGCUGGCGGCGCUGGCCGCCGUGGAGACGCCCGCCGACAUGCGCGUGGUGGAGGAGCUCUUUGGCAAGGGCGACGUCAACGCGCGCGCCAGUCAGGCGGGCCAGACGGGCCUGAUGCUGGCGGUGAGCCACGGUCGCAUGGACAUGGUGCGGGCGCUGCUGGCCAACGGCGCCGACGUCAACGUGCAGGACGACGAGGGCUCCACGGCGCUCAUGUGCGCCAGCGAGCACGGCCACGCCGACAUCGUCAAGCUCCUGCUGGCCCAGCCCGGCGCCGACGCCACGCUCAGCGACGGCGACGAGAGCAACGCCCUGUCCAUCGCUCUGGAAGCCGGCCACAAGGACAUCGCCGUCCUGCUUUACGCGCACGUCAACUUCUCCAAAGCGCAGUCGCCCGGAACCCCUCGGCUGGGCCGCAAGAUGUCGCCGAGCCCCACGCGCAGGGGCGCCUUCGAUUAGCCCCUCGGAGGCUGGCGUGAGCGCAUGGGAGGCUAGUUUUCGCUCGUCCGACUCAACAGCUACUUUUGGUCCGCUCCGAGACUCCCAAACUCCGAGGCUAGCGACUCUCAGGCUAGCAUUAGCAACUUGCGGGCUAGCAUCAGAGACUCUUCACGGCCUUAAUAGAACCCAAGUGGACACCUUUGCCCCCCCCUGCUCGCUCAUAUGGAUGUAACCGGCUGGUGCCUCACACCGUGCGUCUGGUGUUCCGCAAGGAUGCAAACAAGGUCACCCCCUUUUCUUUUUAAAUGUAAAUUGGCCUCCAAAUGUCUUUUUUUACCCCCCCCCCCACUUAUUGGGGCCCGAUGUAAAUAGUGCUGAUCUCCGGGCCGCGAUCAGCGACUCCAACCUCCCGACCCUUUGCUUCAAUUUCUAAAGAAAGACCACAUGUAUUUAUCAAAAGUAUACUUUGGAAAGCAUCUUUGUACAUAGCGUAUGUAUGCAGUGCAGUAUUUCGGUUGCCGCUUUCUGUGUCACGGACAUGAGCGUCAUUCUGCGCAAAACGUCAUCAUGUAACAAUAAAGAUCAAUCAAAGUCCA